AUGAGGCAACUCGAACAACUAUCUCCAUCAAUGAGGCAUGAGUUGGAAGCAGUGGGAAGACACAGGAGGGCUAGGACAUUUUUUAGGAGAAAAAGAUACCAGGUUAUUACAACCAAUAUCUCUGAAAGUAUGAACUCUACCUUGAAAAAACAACAAGAAUUGCCUGUAAUUGGACUUCUACAAUCAAUCCGUAGUUUGGUUCAAAAAUGGUUCUACCAACGUCGUACCAAAUGGAGUUUCCAACGCACACAACUUUCAAUAUAUGCAGAAGAUAUGAUUCGAGAAUCCUUAAGGGAGAGCCGCUCAACGAAUAUAUAUCCUGUAGACCAACAUGAAUUUGAAGUCCAGCAUCGUAAGGAACAAUUUGUCGUCAACAUUUUAAAUCGGACAUGUUCAUGUCGUCAGUGGGACCUUGAUUUGAUCCCUUGUUCACAUGCAUGUAUAGCAUUGUCCACAAGGAAUCUUAAUCUCCAUUUAUACACUGAUAAGUUCUACUAUGUCUCAAAUUGGAUAAACCUGUACAAGAAGGGGACGCGUCCUAUUGGUAGUGUAAACCAAAUUAGGAAUACGCACCAAGGUGGUAAUGAUGGAAUACUUCCACCGCAGGUUAAACGUCCAGCCGGAAGACCAAAAAAGAAGAGGUUUACUUCAUUUUUAGAGAAGAAAGCCACUGUUCGUUGUAGCAGGUGUGGCAAAAAAGGUCACAAUUGCAGGUCUUGUAAAGAACCCAUUUAG